GUGGCUAGCCAAUUCAGCUUGUUUUAUCUGCUGGAGUUCUGGUCGUAUACAUGGAACACAUACUCCUCUCCACUCUGGAAAUUGUUCAACAUUGCGUCAUCUUAAACUGAAUCCUCUGAAUCCUCCCCCAUUGAAUCAUUCACUCCUCAUUUGACCCUUCCAAGGGGAUCAUUGAGACUUUUGGACCACUAACUCGUGACAAUAUGGGUCCCCGCAAGAACUCACAAAGUGGCAAUGGCAAUGGGGACAAUGAGUAUUUAUCCCGACGUGCCCGGAAUAAUGAAGCCGUGAAGCGGUCGCGGGAAAAGGCCCGCCAAAGGGCCCAGGAGACCCAUACCCGAGUGACGAAACUCAAGACAGAGAACGAGAUGCUGGAGGAGAGGAUCAAGCUCUUGUCCAAGGAGCUAACAUUCCUCAAAGACAUCUUCAUGGCACAUGCAGGUUCCUCACAUGGAUUAUGUUUAGACGACCUGGACAUCAAGAAUCUUCUCAAUGACGACGAGGAUGACCAGUUCAACAAUGAUAAAAAGGACCAGAUGAGCUCGAAUUACUCCGAAACCAGUAACCAGUCCCAAUCCGGAGGUCUCUCAUGAGAGGGCUGAUCGCAUCUCAUUCCAAGAUAAUCAUGGGUUGACGAAGGAAAUCCAGUGUCGAACUGCAUUUUCUUGACGUAAUUUGUACAAGCAUUGUGUACAUCUGUUUACUUACUACCUGCCUUGUUGGAGACUUUGAUGGGUGAGCUAAGAAGCCCUCAAAUGACCCAAAUGUGUGAUUAUUCGCGUGGCUGUUGAAUUGGUAUCAACGUAUUCGAUGCCCUAUUCGAUCAACAAUAUGCAUGAAAUAGAGUGAAAAAUUAAAUCUUAUUAUGAAAAGGUUC